AUGAAGGUCUCCCUCGCCUUGCUCAGCUGCCUGACGGCAGUUCAAGCCCACUUCGCCUUCGUGCCUCUUCAACCUCCUCUGGGAGCUGAAGAUGAUGAUGGCACUCUGGUCAAGCGUGAAGCUCUGGAAUUCGAGCAACUCAUCGACCAUGAUGCCCCUGAAUUGGGAACCUUCCAACAGCGUUACUGGUACAACGACACCUUCUGGAAGGGACCUGGCUCGCCGAUCAUCCUCUUCACACCCGGUGAAGUCGCGGCUGAGGGGUACAGCGGAUACCUGACUGAGCGUGCUCUCACCGGAAACAUCGCGAAGGCUGUCGGUGGUGCCGUGGUCAUGGUCGAGCACCGUAACUGGGGCACGUCUCUGCCGUACACGCUUCAAGAUACCAAGAACCUCCAGCAACACACAAUGACGAACGCUGUGCUGGACUUCGUCAACCUGGCCCGCAACGUCGAGCUGCCUUUCGACAAGAACCACAGCAGCAAUGCUCCCCAGGCCCCUUGGAUCUACACCGGUGGCUCGUACUCUGGCAUCCUCGCCGCUGCCAUCUCCAAGUAUGCACCGGGCACUAUCUGGGCCUAUCACUCCAGCAGUGGUCCCGUGGAAGCGGUCUACGAUUACUGGAGCUACUUCCUCCCGAUCCAGAGGGGCAUGCCCCAGAACUGCAGUCGCGACUUUGAGCGCAUGGUUGACCACAUUGACAACGUCCUUGUCACCGGAACCGAGGAUGAGGUUUACGAUCUGAAGAAAAAGUUCGGUCUGCAGGAUCUCGCUCACAACGAUGACUUCGCCGGUGCCCUUGUUGGCCCCCUUGGAUACUGGCAGUCCAUCCAGCUGUACUCCGGCUACUCCGCCUUCUACGCCAUGUGCGAUGCGGUUGAGGGAGCCACGGGCAACUACUCCAGACCCAGCGCUGAUGGCGUUGGUGUAACCAAGGCACUUGACAACUAUGCCAAGUGGUGGAGCUCCGAGUAUCUCCCAGGCACGUGUGCUUCCUACGGUGUAGACGAGUGGUCAGACCCCAUGAACGUCGCCUGCUUCGAAACCUACAACGAGACCAGCCCCAUGUACACCGACUGGAGCGCCGACAACCAGUUUGGACGAACCUGGUACUGGAUGACUUGCAAUGAACCUUUCUUCUUCUGGCAGACUGGUGCCCCCAAGGACCGCCCCUCCAUUGUCUCCCGCUUUGUCACUCCCGAGUACUACCAACGCCAGUGUGACCUCUUCUUCCCCAAGCAGGGAGAGUUCACCUACGCCUCGAACCGGGGCAAGACGGCGGCGGACCUGAACAAGGCAACCGGCGGCUGGUUCUACACCAACACCACGCGACUUGUGUGGUCGAACGGUGAAUUCGACCCCUGGCGCUCCGCCUCCGUCUCCAGCGAACUCCGUCCCGGUGGCCCGCUGCAGUCCCGCCCCGGUGCUCCGGUUCACCUGAUCCCCGGCUCCCGCCACUGCAAUGACCUCCUCGUCAGAAACGGCGACGUCAACGCCGACAUGAAGGCCGUCAUCACCGCCGAGAUCGAACAGCUCAAGACGUGGACUGAUGAGUUUUACGCGGGAAAGACUAGGCGCAGGAUCUAA